AGAUUAUUAUAUAUAGUUUGGAAUAAUAUAUUUUUAAGAAAUGAAAUUCAUAAACAUAUUUUAAAGUUUAUUAAAUAUAAUGUUGUAGAUAUUGAUAAAAAACAAUAUGACCAGUUUAAAGAUAAAUCAUAUAUAACAACACUUAAGUGGGGUGACGUAGUUCUACCCGACACAUUACCAAAUAGUCUUACAACACUCAUAUUCGGUAAAAAAUUUAACCAAGUAAUUCCACCCGGCACAUUACCAAAUAGUCUCACAACACUCACAUUCAGUGGUUGUUUUAACCAAAUAGUUACACUCGGCACAUUACCAAAUAGUCUCACAACACUCAAAUUCGGUUAUGAUUUUGACCAAAUAGUUCUACCCGGCACUUUACCAAAUAGUCUCUCAACACUCACAUUCGGUGGUUGUUUUAACCAAAUAGUUCCACCUGGCACAUUACCAAAUAGUCUCUCAACACUCACACUCGGUGAUCGUUUUAACCAAAUAGUUCCACCCGGCACUUUACCAAAUAGUCUCACAACACUCACAUUCGGUUAUGAUUUUAACCAAAUAGUUCUACCCGGCACUUUACCAAAUAGUCUCUCAACACUCACACUCGGUGGUUGUUUUAACCAAAUAGUUCCACCUGGCACAUUACCAAAUAGUCUCUCAACACUCACAUUCAGUGGUCGUUUUAACCAAGUAGUUCCACCCGGCACUUUACCAAAUAGUCUCUCAACACUCACACUCGGUGGUCGUUUUAACCAAGUAGUUCCACCCGGCACAUUACCAAAUAGUCUCACAACACUCACAUUCGGUUCUUAUUUUGACGAAGUAGUUCCGCCUGGGACAUUACCAAACAGUCUCACAACACUCACAUUCGGUAAUUCUUUUAACCAAGUAGUUCCACCCGGCUCAUUACCAAAUAGUCUCACAACACUCACAUUCAGUGGCUGUUUUAACCAAGUAGUUCUACCCAGCACAUUACCAAAUAGUCUUACAACACUCAAAUUCGGUUUUUAUUUUAACCAAGUGGUUCCGCCUGGGACAUUACCAAACAGUCUCACAACACUCUCAUUCGGUAGUCGUUUUAACCAAGUAGUUCCACCCGGCUCAUUACCAAAUAGUCUCACAACACUCACAUUCGGUGAUCGUUUUAACCAAAUAGUUCCACCCGGCACUUUACCAAAUAGUCUCACAACACUCACAUUCGGUUAUGAUUUUAACCAAGUAGUUCUACCCGGCACAUUACCAAACAGUCUCACAUCGCUCUCAUUCGGUGAUCGUUUUAACCAAGUAAUUCUACCCGGCACAUUUCCAAAUAGUCUCACAACACUCACAUACGGAACUACAACUACUAAUUUCCAAAAGCUGGCUCUGACUAUCAACACUAAGUGA